AUGCUGGUAGAGGCAAUAGUGGUAUUGUUUAUCGCGUUGUGCCUGUCAUACUCCUGGUUCUUCGGCUUCUGGGACAGGAGGAAAGUCGUUAAUGUCAAAUUCGAAUUUACCUACCUUACGUUCUCCAGGGCGUUUAUCAAGAAUGAACAUCUUCACGAUAUCUUUGCCGAUAUUUACAGGAAGUACAAAAGCUAUGGUACGGUCGGAUUUUACACAAUACUCUCUCCAAUGCUGCUAGUGACCGAUCCAGAAUUGGUCAAAGACGUCUUAGUGAAAGAAUUCAACAAGUUUCAUGACACCGUAAUGGAGAUGAAGAAGGAAGUCGAUCCUUUGUUAGCAUUGAAUCCGUUCGUUGCCAAAGGAAUGGAAAAAUGGAAGGAGCUCCGAAGUAUCCAAGCUUCAAAUAUGACCACAGUCAGGUUCAAGGAAGUUAUCCCCAUCAUGUAUAGAGUUGCUGAAAAUAUGGUUAACUAUUUGGCAGAAAAGAAAAUGGAACCUAUCGGGGCAAAGGAGCUGUCGUUCCUGUACACAGUGGACAAUUCGUGUUCAUGUGGAUUCGGUGUAGAACCAAGUGCAUUCACCGACCCGGAGAACAAUUUUGUCAAGUAUGCCAAUUCGGAUAAAAUAUUCAAACCUUCGCCCUAUACGAUGCUCUUUCACUUUUUGUUGCCCAGGAUGGCCAACAUUCUCAAGCUAAGGAUUUCGUCCGAAGAUGCAGAAGAAUUCUUUAAAUCAUUCGUUCAAAAGAUGAUCGAAUACAGAACCAGCUCGAACAUAACGAAAAACGACUUUAUUAACUACAUUAUGAAAUUAAACCAAAAAUUAAAAGAAGAAAAUAAACCAGUGUAUUCAAAGUUGGAGUUGGCAGCACACUGCUUGACAUUUUACGCCGAUAGUACGGAAACUUCAUCAAACCAGCUGGCUUUCUUCCUCCUUGACUUGGCGAACCAUCAGGACGUCCAAGACAAGUUGCGAAAAGAAAUUUCUUCGAUAUCAAAAUCUCCUAUCGACUUCGAUCUAGAAAAAGUCAACUCCAUUAACUAUUUGAAUAUGGCGCUUAACGAAAGCUUAAGACUACACACUCAAGGUAACUGGCUGUCCCGUACUUGUACCCAGGACACUGUCAUUGGGAAUGCUCCGAUACCUAAAGGCACCAAAGUCUUCGUUCCGAUUGGACAAUUCCACAAAGACCCUGAGUACUUUCCUGAUCCUGAAAAAUUCGAUCCAGAAAGGUUUUCCGAAGAGAAUAAGGAUUCCAUUCCCAAAUACACAUUUCUUCCUUUUGGAGAGGGACCAAGGAUAUGUGUUGGUUUCAAAUUUGCUUUACUCCAGAUAAGGUUGGCAGUGAUAUUCUUGGUUCUGAACUUUACCAUUCUCCCAUCCAACGAAGAUGGCAAAGAGGAGAUCGUGUUGGAAAACGCCCCCCUACCAACUCCGGCACCUACUUCCAAACUGAAGUUCAAACCAAUCAACACCUAUUGAUGUUUAAAUAAAACGCAUUCGACGAUUUCC